AUGGAGGCAACGCAAGAAUCCACUCAGCCAUGCGCCGACCCACGCCGCAUGGGCCUGAACAAUUCGGGAUUGCAGGAACAGGAUCUCGCCGACAUUGUUUGUAUCCUUCAUCCCAAUUCACAUGCCGCUCAUGAUGCUGUUGCUGCCACGGCUGCAAUGGGCACUCAGCAUAUUCUGCAACAGGCGGCCUUGGACUUCGAAACUUCCGAGACCGCAGCGUUGGACCUCGCGCUACGAUUAUCUUCCGAUGUCCACGAUCUUGGGGUUGGAUUUUGCUUCGGUCGCAACCCAGUCCGCUGUGAUAUUCUUUUAGCAUCCAACGACAAUGCUAAAAGAGUAUCCAACUCCCAUUUCCGCAUUCACCUGACCGGUGACGGUAUCAUCAUGUUACAAGAUACGUCGACCAACGGCACUAUUGUAGACAACUGCCGCCUGCGCAAGAACUCCAAAGACAACAGUCGCAUGCUUGUCAAUGGUUCAGUUAUCCAGGUCGUGACAGGGAAUCAAGGUUCAGACGAGGUUCGUUUUAUUGUGCGGAUUCCGUCGCGCGAGAAUUAUGCCGUGAAAUACACACAGAAUGUACUCCAGUUCUUCGAGCGAGUCCAGCGUGUUUUAGCGGGGCAGCAAAAAACCCGACAGACGCCUUCACAGCCGGUCCUACCGUGGUCGGUUGCAAACGCCUAUGGUAUGCAUUGGUCAGGCGGUCCCAUGUACAAUGUGACUGGGCAGAUCGGCAAGGGUGCCUUUGCCACAGUGUAUAAACUGGCUACCAAACAACACGGUGCAAUUUACGCUGCCAAAGAGCUAGACAAGCGCCGCUUCAUGAAGAAUGGUAUUCUCGAUCAAAAGGUCGAUAACGAGAUGAAAAUCAUGAGAGAUCUCAAACAUCCCAACAUUGUCCAAUACAUCGAACACCAUGAAUAUGACCGGUGGAUCUAUAUCGUCAUGGAGUACGUCCCUGGUGGCGAACUGUCUACAUACUUGCAAAGCCCUGGUAAAAUUCCGGAAGAUAUGGUUCGGACUAUCACCCGUCAGCUCUUACGGGCACUGCACUACCUUCACAAACGCCGAAUCACUCAUCGUGAUAUUAAGCCGGACAAUAUUUUGAUUGCCUCCCUAGAUCCCCUUCGGGUCAAGCUGUCCGAUUUUGGCCUGUCAAAGGUAACACAAGAAGAAACGUUUCUGAAAACGUUUUGUGGAACGCUGCUGUACUGUGCGCCUGAGGUGUAUCCGGACUAUGAAAUGUACACACGUGGAGAGGCUCGGAAGCGACGUCGAGUUGGAGAUCCACCGCCAAAAACCUCUCCAUAUAGUCAGGCCGUGGAUAUGUGGUCUCUGGGUGCAGUCCUUUACCAUAUUUUGUCCGGAAUCCCACCAUAUUCAGGCCGUGCCGAAGACCGGGGUGUUGCCAUGCUGCGCAGUAUCAUGACAUCGGAAGCCGACUUCAAUAUCUUGCGCCAGUGCGGCGUGUCCGAGGACGGUGUUGAUUUUGUCUCCAAAUUGUUAAAUCGAGAUGCUUUUGCCCGCCCCACGGAAAAGGAAUGUUUCCAACAUCCUUGGAUUGUGGACGUGCUUGAUGUUGAUGAGUAUGAAGAUGAUGAUCUUCUCGCUGACCCCCGCGAUGGUCUUUCGGUCAUCGGUGAGGCUGAUGAAGAACUUGACGCGUCUCAAUUGUCUAUUCAUGAUGAGGCAGCGUACCUCCAUGAAGCCCAAGAUGAAGUAGGUAGCAGUGAAGCACUUGCGAAGAAGCCAAGGAUCGAAUACAUCCCCGCAGAUAUUCGAUAUCCUUCUCUUCCUCAAAUUGAAAGCUUCCAAGAUAGUCAAGUGGUUGCCGAGCACCACGCAAGACGCUUGUUUGGCGAGGUCACCUCGUCAGCUCUGCGAAGCUCACAUGCAAUGGGCCACACAGGUGCAUGGGACCACGACUCUAACGUCAAGAACUCUGUGUCAUCCGGUGAGUCGAUGAGCGAUGAAUACAGCGUCUCUUCGGUCGUCUCCCUCCCAGCACAUCCCUUUGGCGGCACUGCACCCAGCUUGAUGGGAGCGGAGAACCUAGUCGGACGACUGAACAUGAAUUCCUCGCAUCCUGUCCUCCAUCCCCAGACCGCCUCCGUUAACGAAAUAUCGACGCCACAGGUCAACCCUGGACAGCCGAAAGAUCUCACGAGUGCAGGCAGUCCUCCUGAAAUAGCCAAGUCGUCCUACCUGGGUGCUCAGGAUACUACUCCCAAGGCACCCAAGCUGAAAAUCUCUCGUCGCCUCGACUUUGAUCUCCCCGAGACAGCUAGCGAGCAGUCCAGCGACACUAGUGCACAAACCAGCCGCCGAGGCUCUACACAACCUCCUGAGCUAGCUUCGCACGAGAAUCUGGAUAUUGAGCUUAUGACUACCCUUGAUGCGCAGACUGGCCAGGCCAUCCUGGACCAACAACUGAAUGCUGAUAUUGAGGCCUCUGAGCCCAUUGUGCACCAGCCUGAUCCACCUUCUGUCCCACCCAGCAUUUCUAGCAAUGAGUUCACCAAGCCACCGAAGAUCCUUGGCCGAUUAAAGAGUGUACGUGGGUCUAUUUUCGAAUUAAACUUACGCCUAGAGAAUCGGAUGACCUCAUGGGGUCGAGGGCCCGCCGCGACGAUUCGCCACGAGGAUCGCAUGGACACUCGCAUCCCGGCCUAUGCCCUGGAGAUCACGUUCUGGGCGCCCGGCAUCGAGGUCAUGAUCGCGGAAGGGAAAGAUUGGCAGCAGGUUCCCGGGGUCAGAGCCCUUCUCUCCACCAAAACGCGCAAAUGUAUCUGGGUCAAUGGAACGGAACUCCGACGCGGAACCUCGAACGACGGGGGAAUGGAGGGCUUGCACUUUGGCGAGAUUUACUCAGGCGAUAUUAUCACAGUGUACCGACACAAGGGCGAGUUUCUUGACCUUCGUUGUGAGUUCUACCAUGGCGAUAGUGCCCAACAGCGACCAGCUCACGAAGCCGGAUUCGUCGUACGCAAGGCCUUGGCCAACAAACCCGAUGGCGCGGGAAACCGACUGCCGCUUCGGACCCAAAAAAAGCAAGCCGUGUAA